AAGUACACCAUCUUACAACCCAUUUUUGCGCUGGUAUAGGACAAGUUUUAUGGUUAAAGCAAUAUUUUUACAUAUUUUUGAGAUGAAUUCCGUCCCUAUAAAAAUUCUCAGUCCCUAUAAGAAAAAUUCAUGGGGACGUUCAUAG